AUGGCUCCUGCAGCUGCGUCGCUUCUCCUUCUGCAGUUCUUCGUCGUCGUCGCCUUCGGCUUCUGGUUGGCAGCUACGCCUUGCAUGAGUGAAACCGAUCUGGACGAUGGCGAAUUCUCCAUUUCCGGUGGCUUCGAUUCGUUUGCCUAUCACGGAGACUACAGUCCCCCGUCGCCGCCGGCGCCUGCUCCGCCUCCGCUCCCGCGCUCUGUCACCUGCGAGGAGGAUCUCAAAGGCGUCGGCUCCUUGGACACUGUGUGCAAGCUGAGUUCGUCUUUGAAUUUCACUGAUCACGUGUAUGUAGCGGGGAGCGGGAGCCUGGUGUUGCUUCCCGAUGUCACUUUGAGCUGCGCUGCCAGCGGAUGUUUCAUUGUGGUCAACGUGAGCCAUGAGAUUAGGUUGGGGGAGAAUGCGGUGAUAAUUGCGGGGACUGUGUCGCUUGCUGCCGAGAAUGUGAGUUUGAGUUAUGGCUCGCUGAUUAACACUACUGCCUUGGCUGGUCCGCCUCCCCCAGAGACUAGCGGAACUCCUUCAGGCGUGCAAGGGGCAGGUGGUGGUCAUGGGGGACGGGGAGCCAGCUGCCUCUCGGAUAAUACCAAGUUGCCCGAGGAUGUGUGGGGCGGGGACGCUUAUUCGUGGGCUGAUUUGCAGAAUCCUUGGAGUUAUGGAAGUAAAGGUGGGACAACGAGCAAGGAGGAGAAUUAUGGCGGAGAAGGAGGCGGGAGGAUUGAAUUGAAUGCCACUAACUCAAUUGAAUUUUAUGGAACUUUGUUGGGGGAAGGUGGAGAUGGCGGUAUAAAGGGUGGUGGGGGUUCAGGAGGCAGCAUCCGUAUCCAGGCUCAUAGAAUGGUAGGAGAUGGUGCACUGAGCGCUUCUGGUGGUAAUGGAUUUGCUGGUGGUGGUGGUGGAAGGGUGUCUGUUAAUGUUUUCAGCAGGCAUGAUGAUAUGUCUAUCUUUGUUCAUGGUGGAAGGAGUCUUGGCUGCAUUGAAAAUUCUGGUGCUGCUGGAACAUAUUUUGAUGCGGUUCCUCGGAGCCUUACAGUUAACAAUAACAACAUGUCCACCAACACGGAUACGCUUCUGAUGGAAUUUCCUAAGCAGCCACUUUGGACCAAUGUUUAUGUUCAGAAUUGUGCCAGGGCUUCUAUUCCUUUGUUUUGGAGUCGGGCUCAGGUUCGUGGACAAAUCAGUUUGUCAUGUAAGGCAGUGAUGAGCUUUGGCCUCCCACACUAUGCCACAUCAGAGUUUGAGUUGAUGGCAGAAGAACUUCUAAUGAGCAACUCAGUGGUUAAGAUAUAUGGAGCGCUUCGUAUGUCUGUCAAGAUACUGCUGAUGUGGGAUUCCAAGAUGCUUAUAGAUGGAGGUGGGGAUGAUAUUGUGGCCACUUCUUCGCUGGAGGCCAGCAAUUUAAUUGUCCUCAAGGAAUCUUCUGCAGUACACUCUAAUGCCAAUUUGGAAGUCCAUGGGCAAGGUUUCUUGAAUUUGUCGGGACCAGGCAACAUGAUUGAAGCUCAACGCCUGAUUCUAUCCUUGUUUUUCGGUAUUUAUGUUGAACCUGGAUCAGUUCUUAGAGGCCCGUUGGAGGAUGCUGAUGAUCAUAGCAUGACGCCACGACUCUAUUGCGAGGAUAGAGACUGCCCAAGGGAACUGAUUCACCCACCCGAGGAUUGUAACAUGAAUUCUUCAUUGGCCUUUACUCUCCAGGUAUGUCGAGUUGAAGAGAUAGUUGUUGGAGGCUUGGUAACAGGAUCUGUUGUUCAUUUUCGCUUGGUCAGAAAUACUGUUGUCAAUUCUUCUGGAGUAAUCAGUGCUUCUGGAUUGGGCUGCACUGGUGGUCUUGGAAGAGGUAAUGUUUUUGACAAUGGCCUUGGUGGUGGUGGUGGACAUGGUGGAAAAGGUGGCAAAGGGUAUUAUAAUGGGAGUUUUGUGGAUGGUGGCGUUGCUUACGGAGAUGCUGAAUUGCCUUGUGAACUUGGCAGCGGUAGCGGAAAUGAUAGUUUAGCUGGGACAACGGCAGGAGGUGGUAUAAUAGUGAUUGGUUCUAUGGAGCACGCACUGUCCAGUUUGUCCGUUUAUGGUUCACUUAGAGCAGAUGGUGAAAGCUUUGGAGAAGAUCCUAAGAGAGAUGCUAUAAUGACCUCAAACGUAGGUCCUGGAGGUGGUGCUGGUGGAACUAUUCUUUUAUUUGUUCAUUCAGUGACAUUUGGGAGUUCCUCUACCAUUUCCACUAUGGGAGGUCAUGGAAGUCCUUAUGGUGGUGGUGGUGGAGGUGGUGGAAGAGUUCACUUUCAUUGGGCAAAUAUUCCAACUGGAGAUGAGUAUGUGCCAAUAGCUAUCGCAAAUGGGAGCCUUCAGACGGGCGGGGGACUUGGUAGAGGUCAGGGUUAUGCUGGAGAUGAUGGAACUGCUACCGGGAAGGCCUGUCCAGAAGGGCUCUAUGGUAUCUUUUGUGAGGAAUGCCCCAUAGGUACAUUCAAGAAUGUCAGCGGAUCUGAUCAAGCCCUUUGUUAUAGUUGCCCAUCCUCUGAGCUUCCAAGCCGUGCCUUAUAUGUCACUGUUAGAGGUGGUGUUACUGAAAGGCCUUGCCCAUACAGGUGUGUGUCUGACAGAUAUCACAUGCCAAAUUGCUAUACGACUUUUGAGGAGUUGGUGUACACUUUUGGUGGUCCAUGGCUAUUUGGUCUUAUUCUACUGGGUCUACUCGUCCUGUUAACUCUAGUGCUUAGUGUUGCACGAAUGAAAUAUGUUGCGGGUGAGGAAUUACCUACUCUUGUGCCUGCUCAGCGGGGUUCUCGCAUAGAUAACUCAUUCCCUUUCCUCGAGUCAUUGAAUGAGGUACUGGAAACAAAUAGAACUGAAGAAUCCCGAAAUCAUGUGCACAGGAUGUUUUUUAUGGGGGCUAACACCUUUAGUGAACCUUGGAAUUUGACUCAUUCUCCUCCUAAACAAGUUAUUGAGAUUGUGUAUGAGGAUGCAUUCAACAGAUUCGUGGAUGAGAUCAAUGGUUUAGCUGCAUAUCAGUGGUGGCAAGGAUCAGUUUACAGCAUCCUUUGUGUUCUUGCAUACCCACUGGCAUGGUCUUGGCUACAGCAGUGCAGGAAAAGGAAGCUACAGCAGCUGCGUGAUUUUGUUCGCUCAGAAUAUGAUCAUGCUUGCUUACGUUCUUGUCGUUCUCGUGCUUUGUAUGAAGGACUCAAGGUGGGAGCCACUUCUGACCUAAUGCUUGCAUAUUUGGACUUUUUCCUUGGCGGAGAUGAAAAGAGACCUGAUCUUCCACCUAGUCUUCAUCAAAGGUCUCCGAUGGCUUUAGUUUUUGGGGGAGAUGGAAGCUACAUGGCCCCUUUCUCUCUACACAAUGAUAAUAUCCUUACUAGUCUCAUGAGUCAGGCUGUUCCGCCAACCAUCUGGUAUCGGUUAGUGGCCGGUCUUAAUGCUCAACUGCGCUUGGUUCAAUGUGGACGCUUGAAGUAUACAUUUUGCCGUGUUGUUUCUUGGAUUGAAACCCAUGCGAAUCCUACUUUAUCUGCCUAUGGCAUACAUGUAGAUCUUGCCUGGUUUCAGCCCACUACCUCUGGGUAUUGGCAGUUUGGACUUCUGGUGUAUGCCACUGUAAAUGAGAAUCCACUGCAGGCAAUUGAUGAAGAAGUUGUUUUAACUGAGCAACAACCAUGUUCAGCUUUGGUGGGGCGGAACAGGAGUGAUCGAAGGCAAUAUCUGAAACUUACUGAACCACUGAUGCCACGUAAAGUAUUUGGAGGAGGGAUUUUGAAUUCAAGCAGUUUACAAACACUUAAACUACGGAAGGCUGUCUGUUCUUUCCCUUUCUUGAUUUUCAAUAUCCGACCUAUUGGUCACCAGGACCUUGUGGGUUUACUCAUAUCUAUGUUACUUCUAGGAGACAUUAGCGUAGUCCUGCUUACUUUGCUACAGAUGUAUUCUAUUUCGCUCCUCGACUUCCUAUUAGUUUUGUUAAUUCUUCCUCUCGGCAUACUGUUCCCUUUCCCAGCCGGGAUCAGUGCUUUGUUCAGUCACGGGCCUAGGCGAUCAGCAGGUCUAUCUCGUGUAUAUGCUUUGUGGAAUAUUACAUCCUUGAUCAAUGUUGUGGUAGCAUUAGUAUGUGGUUUUGUUCAUUACAUAACUCGCUCAAGGGAAAAUCAUCGGAACUUCCAGUCCUGGAAUUUUAGCAUGGAUGAAAGUGAGUGGUGGAUACUUCCUUGCGGGCUUUUGGUUUGUAAAAUUGUUCAAGCACGACUAAUCGAUUGUCACAUUGCUAACCAAGAGAUUCAAGAUUACUCCCUGUACAGUAACGACCCCGGAGUGUUCUGGCAAGCUUGA